AUGGCUCUGAAAGAAAAGGGCGCUAGAUCAGCUUUGGAUUUUAGGAGAAAUUCGUCCUGGGUUUCAGUGCCUCUGCAUUUCGAGCGCAUUGUGUUCUACGGAAAUUACUCGUCCAUGAACCGAAAGUCGAAGCAUGUCAAGGGAGAGUUCAAGUGUGAUGUGGACGGUUGUGGAAAGGUUUUGAGUUAUAGUGAAAAUUUGAGGAAGCACAAGAAGCGUGCCCAUGCUUCUGGAUCCUUGAAAUGCCUUGUGUGUGGAUUGAAAUUUGAGGACGAACAUUCUCUGGCGUUGCAUCGGAAACGACAUGAUGGGAUCAAACCCUACAAGUGCCUUGAUGACGAUUGCGAUAAGGCAUUCGAAUACAAGAGUCAACUUACCAGGCACAAGAAAACCCAUAUCCAUGUUUGCGAGAAAGAUGAUUGCGGCUCCACGCAUGCGACUCAUGGUGAACUUCGACGACAUUUAGCAGAACGGCACAAGGAAGACCGAUAUGUUUCAUGCCCGGACUGUGGAUUUGUACCUAGUGACCCGAAGUUUCUAUUCGAGCAUAUGUCAUCACAUUCAAAAUUGGAUCCGUUCGCGUGUUCUGUGUGCGAUCGAAAGUACAAGUACAAGAAGAAUCUUGAUCAACACAUACGUGCAGCACAUGAAUCCAAGAAGCAUCCCUGUGAAUUUUGUUUGAAGGUGCUAUCGACAAAGCAAAAAUUGAAGUUCCAUGUUGCGAGUUUUCACUCUGGGAACGACUCCAAACCCAUCCCUGUGCCUAAGAAAGAAAAAAAGCGUAAGAGAGCAACUCUGAUGCAGGUGCUUUGUGGUCUUGAUGCGCCAUUCAGCGCUUCUGGCGAGGAUCCAGUUCCAAAAGAAGAAAGCAGAAGGGAUGGAAACCGGGGUGUCACACCUGCUAUCAAAACAGAAAACGAGGACGAAUGCUUCUCGACACCUGCUAUCAACAUUGUUGCGUCAGCCUCCGAGCAUGAAAGGCUGCAGAAAGAAGACUCAUCUGACAGAAUCAAAAUUUCUCGGCAGCCUGGCGAGCUGAUGAGUGAUGCGCCGGUCUUCAACCCACAGCGAAAUGAUGCCGAGCUGAUCCUGACUUCCGAAGAGUCGGUCAUGACUCAGCUUAAAUACCACACACCUCCCAAAAAGAAACAGAGGCUGAAGGAGAUGACGGUGCGUUGUUUAUUAAACAUCGGUCCAAAACUUCUUCAACUAAAUACGCUGAAAGCGGUUCCGUUUGUGAAGUGUUCGUUCAACUCGCCGAGAAAGUCGAAGCAGAGUCCUCAUCCAGAAUUGAAUGUGCGUGAAAAGAAAAAGAAAACCCCGCCGAGUUCUCCGUACGUGACUCUGUUGGACACCAACAAUGAAAUCAGUGUGGUGACGCUGGAAUCUGCGGAAAAAAUCGCAGAUCACAAAAGUUUGCGACUCGUGCGUGAAGCUGGAAAUGCUUCUGAAGGCCAGCGUGAUACGUAUCGACUGGUGCAUGCACACGAUUAUUUCAAAAAGGUGCAAAAAUCUCGUCUCAAGAAUAUUGGUCUGAAAGGUGAAAAGGCGGCAGGAAUCAAGUCGCACAUUUCCGAGCAUGACUUGAAGCCAAGACUCCAUCAACUUCAGGAAUGGUGUCGUAAGGGUUACCAAGUGAAAGUGGCAAUUGACAAGUGCAAUGAUAUGCAGCGAACAAAUGAAAUUUUUGCUGAUAUUGAAAAGAAUGUGACGGAGGUCGGCGUAAUUAGCCAGAAACAGGAAACGAAAUCUGGAAUCCGAUUCAUACUAACGCCCAAAGCCGUUCAAGAGAAGCCUCCUGAAUCAUGAUUUGACUGUUGAAAGGUUUCAGUCAGUCGAUCGUUGUGUGAUCCAUGUUUUCCGUUUGCGCUCGCCCUUCUUGCAAUAAGUAGAUGUCAAUAAAAUUAUUAACUUAUUAGAA